CCCGGUUCUUUUACUUCUCUGUUUUGGAAAAAUAAAUAAAUGCCAUAAUCAAUGCAACGACCCCCAUGAGUGCCCACAUUGGCUGGGCUGUGCUUCCAUACAGUACAGUGGUUUCCAGGCUUUUCUGUUUAGCGCAGGCCCAAAGCGUUCUAGCAAUUUUGAUUUUCCCCUUGGAACCUUCUCCCUUUUUGUCCCUUUCACCACCAAACAAACGCUUGACUUUGGUGUUGGUUUGUCACUCGCUUUCGGAAUUUGUUUGAAUACAGUCAUUCGUUUUUGUAUUCAAUUAAUAGUUACAUUUCUCACUCCACACGACUUUCUCAUUUCCAGUCGCUCGCUCGUUGGAAAUACACCCAGGUAGUCAAGCAACACAUUCACGGCUGGCUGCUUGCUUGUUGCAAAAAGUUGCACUUCAUUCCAACACUGGAUCCAUCAGUUCCGCCGAGAUCACACAGAAAGAAAAAUAAAGUCAGUCGCAUACCAUACGAUACGAAACGACGACCGAGCCGGCUUGAGACAUAUACACGCCUUACAAACUACUUUUUUGCUCUGCUUUGGCUGGGCUUUUCUCGCUCUUCUACUCCGAAACCUUUUCUUUGUUACAACCGCUUUCUUGUUACAACAAUUCAAAAUGAUGUUGCAGACAUCGGCAAUCAAGGCGGUAGCCAUGCUGCUGUCACUCUCUUCCGUGGCUUCAGCCUGGCCGGGGUGGCUGCCGGAAGCUGGCGCUUUAGUUGCGAGACAAGACAGCACUCCCACCCCGACAGCAAAGCAGACAUCCUCACAGUCAGCCAGCGGCACCCAACCCCAGAAUACUGCCUCGAUCACGCAGACUGGCUCGUCAACUGCCACCGGCAAACCCUCUGGAAAUAGUACUCGUACCCAGUUCGAUGCCCAAGAUCCCGCUGGAUCAGUGGUCAUGGUCACACCUGCUACCACUGCCGGCACUCAAUUGGUCAAGGUCGGCGACUGGGUUACGUGGGGAUGGAACUACACCAACCUCCAAGCUCCCCCGACUGCUAUUGACGUGCUCAUCAGCUGCAGCCAGGCCACGCGCACAUGGACCUUGACUCAGAACAUGACAUAUGCCACCAAGGCCGAUUUCCUAUGGGAUUCGAGUAAUGAUAGGGGCACACCGUACGUGGUUGCUGAGUACACCCUCAUCAUUUACGACUCCGACUCCUCGAUCAGUGCAACGGCCGAACCGGGUUACCUAGCUCCUUACUCGGGCUUCAAGUUCGGCAUGUACACCGGGGCCGCCUACACCCCCCUGGCGUCUGGGUGGAGGUGCGUGUCUUGCAGCGGUGCCAUGUCAGGAGUCGACAAGGGAGCUUGGGGUGUUGCCCUGAUGACUAGUGCCAUAACGGUGAUGACCUUUACAUGGUUCGUCACCGGAGUUGGCCUGGCUCUGUGAUAGAAACUUAUCAUUCUGAGCUGGAGUUCCCCAUCCUUGUCUUCACUUCAGCUCGUGAUUUCGCUUCGCCGCUGGCAUUUUGCGUGCAAAUGAAAUGGUCAUCCUUUAAGCAGUAUCUGAUAUUUAAUACGAGGGAAAGGAGUUGUGAUUUAUGGGUCAAGUAAUGAAAGGCGUUGGGCACAUGCAUACUUUUCUUGUCUAGGUUAUAUUUGCAUCCGCCGUUUGGAAACAUGGUCAAAUCGGACGAAUCUCAUGUGAGAGUUGAUUGCAAACAAUCUGACAAAUUGUGGAAAUGGGAAGAAGGUCUGGGAGUGUGGAUCAUUAUCUGGAUCAUAUAUCUCAUGGUUUACUUAGAGAGAAAAGAAUUGAGACGAUAUGGAUAGCAAGCAGCCUUAAGGACAAUUCCAGACAACAGAUUAUUAAUUUUACGAAGCGGUAGCUAUACCUGGCAUCUGUCUAUAUCAUACGAAGCUGAAACCCGGCACCUUUCUCUUCCCUCUCACGGCGUGCAAAGAUGCCCGUAAAAUCGACAUCCCCAAAAUCAGCAGCCUGGCCCCGAAUGGGGGCAUUUGGCGUGUCUCGGCGGCGCCUCCGCUCCUGGCCAGCCUUGCUGGGAAAUGUAGGGAACAUGCUUUCAUGCUUUGGUCUAGGAUCUUGCUUGAAAUAGUCAUGUGCCAACAUCUCUUUGGAUGUGAUCCUUCUCUCAGGGUCCAAUGAUAGCAACCCUGAAAGCAGAGCGCUCCCCGCUGCAGUGAGCAGUGGAAAUCUCGCCCUGAUCACGGAACCGGCAGCCUGUGGGUUUUUGGGCAGCCUCAAAGACCUUGCGUUGGGCAAGCGCCGAAAGCCAGGCCAGGUCUCCUCGGUUGGCACGCCGCAAAGCUCAAAUAUCUUUGUCAGCUCGUCGACUUCGUUCUUCCCUUGCAGUAAUGGCUCACGGGUGAGCAGCUCGCCAAAUAUGCACCCCACACUCCACAUGUCUACUGCCUGACCGUACUUGAUCGUCCCAAGCAGAAGCUCUGGUGCACGGUACCACAAGGUGACAACCAACUGUGUCAGUUUCGGCGGCGGGUCUCCCACGUACCUCGCCAUACCGAAAUCUGCAAUCUUCAGCUGGCCGCGGUUGUUGAGUAAGAGGUUUGAGGUUUUGAGGUCUCGAUGGAGGAUAAAGUUUUCGUGAAGGUAAUUCACACCUGCCGCGAGCUGCAGGAGUAGCGUCUUUACCUCUGAGGAGAGGAACGGCUCUGGCAUGUCUUCUAAUACGCUCUUGAGGUCAUGUUCAAGAAACUCGAGCACCAGGAAGAUGUUUUCAAUCUUGCUGGUGUCGUCACCAACCACCACCUCAUGCAUUUCCACCACAUUUCUGUGGCUGCAGUCCUUGAGGAUCUGGAUCUCACGUAAGCCCGUCACCGGCAAACCACUUCGAUCUUUCGGGUCGAUCUUUAACCUUUUCAGAGCCACUACUUUCCCUGUCGCGAGUUCCUUCGCCCUCGCAACCCAACCGUAGGCGCCCUCUUCAAUGUCGUUGAGUUUGUCAUAGUUUUCAACGCUUCUGCACUUGCCAAACGGGAGUCCCGGUAACCUCAGCAGCCUGUGCUCGUUCGUAGCACCGCGGCCGCCAUCGUCGUCGUCGUCGUUUUGUGCGGCAUCGGGAGCGGGCGUCACCCUACGCCUCUUUGCCGGUGGUCCGUUCUCAGAUGCUGGUUGUUGACUCUGCAAUUGGGCCUGGGCGGCGGUCUCUUCCUGGGCCUUGCGCGCCGCGGCCUUUGCGGCUUUGGCACGGCGCUUGGCCUCGCGCUCUUGUUUCGCUUUGGCGACGUCCUCCUGGCUGACGGCCCACCUGGAGGCUUUGCUAGCCAUGACUGACUGACUGACUGACUGGGUGAUUUGGGGAGGGCCGUCGGAGUUGCGGUCAAGUUGUUGAUGUUUUAGUCUGCUGGAUUGGUUCGGGUGUGGCGUGUUUAUUAUAGAAAUCAACUGAUUGUCUUGAGUUGUACUUUUUUGUCCAUGCGAUUUUCCGUGACGUCUGUUUGGA